UGUGGAGGUUGAUGAGAAGGCAAUGACGCCUAAAGAUGUUAUGUUUUUAAAAGUAGCCACAGCAACAACAAAAAAUGUAAAAUAGUAGUAUGAUAUAGGCUGCAAAUGCUAAUUUUAUCUGGAAAUGAAAAAAGAACGCAUGGGAUGAUUAUUUUCUUGAAAUUACCCAAAUUAGGAAAGUAAAUGGCAGUAAUUAGUAAUUGGCACUAUACUUUACAUAUUUUGUUUUUCCUUGGGUUGUUUCCACCCAAACAUUUUAUAACAUUGUUUGCUUAUAGUGACCUUACUCUUAUGAAUUUGCAACGUUGCUGUUAAUUCUGUAUCCAAUAAGCCUUGAAAACGAUAGAUCAUUGAUCAUAACAUAGGCACGAUACGCCGUCAUGCGCAAAAGGUGCCAGAAAUGAAGAGGACCCAGUUGCGGAGGAGGCGAGCACCAUAGGGAGCACCGUUGAAAGGAUCACGGAUGUGCAGAUUAAAAUAAUUGGCAAAACCAUUCUUGUUAGUCAAAAAUGGCCAAAAACACAUCCCUAUAUUUCCGUAUUGUAGAGGGCAGGAGCCUUCCAGUCAAAGACGUCUCUGGGACCAGUGACCCAUACUGCAUUGUAAAAGUUGACAAUGAAGUUGUGGCCAGGACAGCCACGGUGUGGAAGAACCUCAACCCUUUCUGGGGAGAAGAAUACACACUGCACCUCCCAACGGGGUUCCACUCGCUCUCCUUCUAUGUCAUGGAUGAGGACACCAUUGGCCAUGAUGACAUCAUUGGAAAGAUAUCGCUGAGCAAAGACGCCAUCGGGGCCAAGGUUAAAGGGCUGGAUAACUGGCUGAAUCUGACCCGGGUGGACCCAGAUGAGGAGGUGCAGGGGGAGAUCCAUUUUGGUCUGGAGCUUCUCAAAGAUGCCAAAGGUAUAGGACUACGAUGCCAUUUCAUAGAGGCCAGAGACUUGGCACCAAGAGACAUUUCUGGAACCUCUGAUCCCUUUGCCAGAAUCCUCUUCAAUAACCACAGUGCAGAGACUUCGAUCAUUAAAAAGACACGUUACCCACACUGGGGUGAGACCCUGGAGUUGGAGCUUGAGACAGAGGAGCUGUCUGAGGGAGGGACUGUCACAGUGGAGGUCUGGGACUGGGACAUGGUGGGCAAAAAUGACUUCCUGGGAAAGGUGGAAAUCCCUUUUGCUUGCCUGCACAAGACACCUCAGGUACAGGGUUGGUUUCGUCUGCUGCCCCUGGGAAACAAUGAGGAUGAUGCUGGAGGUAAGCUGGGUGCGCUGCGACUGAAGGUGCGUCUGGUGGAGGACCGUAUUCUUCCCUCCAUGUACUACCAGCCUCUCAUUGACCUGCUGGUGGAGUCAGUCAUCUCUCCUGCUGAGGUGGAGGACGGCAGCCCCCUGACCAUGCUGGAGGAGGUGACCACAGUGGAGAGCCGGCAGGACGUGGCCAUGACCCUGGUCAAGAUCUACCUGGGGCAGGGCCUGGUGGUGCCCUUUCUGGACUACCUCAACACCCGCGAGGUCAACCACACCUUGGAUCCAAAUACCCUGUUUCGGUCCAACUCUCUAGCUUCUAAGGCAAUGGAACAGUUCAUGAAGGCUGUGGGGAUGCUGUACCUUCAUGAGGUCCUGAAGCCCAUCAUUAACCGCAUCUUUGAGGAGAAGAAGUACAUUGAGCUGGACCCGUGUAAAAUUGACCUGAACAGAACCAGGCGUAUCUCAUUUAAAGGUGCGUUGUCUGAGGCUGAGGUGAGGGAGAGCAGUGUGGAGAUGCUGCAGGGCUAUCUGUCUAACAUCGUGGAGUCCAUCAUUGGGUCAGUUACCCAGUGUCCACCUGUCAUGAGGGUGGCCUUCAAACAGCUGCACAAGAGGGUGGAGGAGCAGUUCCCUAAGCCAGAGAAUGAGGAUGUGAAGUAUCUGGCCAUCAGUGGGUUUUUCUUCCUGCGUUUCCUUGCCCCUGCUAUCCUCACACCCAAGCUCUUUCACCUGAGGGACCAGCAUGCAAAUACACGCACCAGCAGGACACUGUUACUACUAGCCAAGGCAGUGCAGAGUGUGGGGAACCUGGGUUUGCAGCUGGGCCACGGUAAGGAGCUGUGGAUGGAGCCCUUGCAUCCCAUCAUCCUUUAUAGCGUGGCCUCUGUUAAAGACUUCCUGGACAAGCUCAUCGACAUUGAUAGCGUGUCUGAGGUGCCCCAGAGGGCUGUGUUCUUGCCCUCAGUGACAGUGAAGGAGGGCUAUCUCCAGAAGCACAAGGCCGAAAGCCCCCAGCUCCUGUCCCGCUUUUCCUUCAAGAAGCGAUACUUCUGGCUGAGCAGUGAGACGCUGUCCUACGCCAAGACCCCAGAUUCCUGGCAGGUGCGCUCCUCCAUCCCCAUCCAGUGUGUGCGUGCUGUGGAGAGAGUGGAUGAGAAUGCCUUCCAACAGCAGCAUGUGUUGCAGGUCGUCACCCAGGACAAUGAUGGACAGAUGCACACCAUCUAUACGCAGUGCAAGAAUGUGAAUGAGUUGAACCAGUGGCUGUCAGCCAUCAGGAAGGCCAGUAUCUACAACAGGCGCAUGCUGCCCUCCUUCCACCCAGGGGCGUACCGGAGUGGCAAGUGGACCUGCUGCCUACAGGCUGACCGCGCUACUUCAGGUUGCAGUCGCACUCACUCUGCAGUGACUCUGGGCGACUGGAGUGACCCAUUAGAUCCAGACGCAGAGACUCAGACCAUCUACAAACAGCUUCUUCAGGGAAGAGACAUGCUCAGGAAGCAGUAUGUGGAGGUGGAGGCAGAGAUGACCACAGAGGAAGAGAAUAGAGUGAACUCUGGGCUGCUCCCUGAUGGAGCAGAUUGUAGCGUGGAGCUCCUGAAGCACAGGCAGGCUGCAGCGAUUCGGCUACUUGGAGUGGUUCUGGAUCUGGAGCAGGCCCAUGCCACCUUCCAGCGGCAGGAAAGAGAGGAGGCCGGUAGCCUCAUCCUGACCCCCUAGAUUGGGCCUUCCCUGGGGCCUGAGCCCGGGUCUGAAGGGGAGAGCAGCGUCCUCUAUCAGACUCAAUGGAGUAGGAAAACCAAGCGAUCACAGAAGGAAGGCAGCCUCUCCCUGCUCCCUGUCAUGUUUGUUACAUGUGAUGUCUAGAGGAACUCUCUUCUCAUCCAGAUCACUUCUUCAUAAGCCAGAAUGAAGAGGAUACCCAUUCUGCAACAUUCUUUUCCUGGGACGUUUGAUAUCACACACACAGGUUUUCAGCUGUGGCAGAUAUCACACACACAGGUUGUCAGCUGUGGCAGAUAUCACACACACAGGUUUUCAGCUGUGGCAGAGAAGUUAUCUAGUGAAAUAACUGAUUGCCACAGGUCUUGCAUUCAGAUGGACUGCCACAUAAACUUCUGCUACUCUCCCAAAGCUUGGGUUCUUAUCGAUUGAGCAGGACACAAACUGUUAUGUGGAACUGAGCUGAAGCAGGGGCGCGCAUGGAGUGUGUCAUUCCCGUGGUACUGCAUUAUUGUAUGGCUAUCAAGGAAUGUAGUGCAUGCCCUGCAUCCAGCGUCUGUGAAAUAUGAAGAUUUUUUUAAAUAUUCAAUAUCAUUAUAUGGGUCGUUCCAGCAAUUCGGUGCCUUUUGAGAAGUGUAACAUGGUAAAAAUACUUUGGAUUUCACCUCAUUUUAGCAUUCUGUCAUAAAAAGCACACGUUUUCCCAUCUCAAGAGGUUAAAUGAAAAUAAUUACUAUAGUAAGUGCCUUUUAAAUGUCAAAUAAAGUAACCGGGUUGAACACAACAGGGCUGAACACAACAGGGCUGAACACAACAGGGCUGAACACAACAGGGCUGAACACAACAGGGCUGAACACAACAGGGCUGAACACAACAGGGUUGCGAAUUUCAUCUGAAAAUCAGCCAUAAAUCCACUGUUGACAGGGGGAAUGGAACAGGGAGUGGCAGUUGAAUGCAGGCUUCCCAUUUGUAUGUAUUUAUUGUUACAACAUUUCUAGCCUGUCUAUCUGGGUAACACUAAUAAAUAAUUAUCUUCAAAAAUUACUUUUUCAAAGCAACAAUAACUAGGGCUUUACAUUGAUGGUGAUAAGUGGGUUAAAAACGUCCUAGAAGUCACAGAGGGUGCACGGAGGGACGUGCCAAAGUGCUGAAUUUUGGCACUUUAGCAAGUCUGUAUUCAUAUAAAAAAAUAGGAUUUAUUGAAUUAUCUAUGUGGUCUAUAUUAAAUGAUAUUUCAUUUAAUAUAACAGGCUUUUAAAAUUCAAUAUUGGUGCACAAUUUCCAAUUAAAAUAUCAAAGGGAUCCAAAAGGCACUGUUUUCGUGUAACGACCCAUACCUUGGAGGACGAUUAUGCAAUCUACUCUAGUUUUAGAUGAAUCUACCUGAAUGUAUGCUAUUUUGAUAUUGCUUUUAUUUAUGUUUUUUUACUCUCUAAUUUAUAUAUUGCAGUUGAUAACAUCGACAAUGUUGUAGUAAGAUUGUGCUGGUGUUCAUAUUAAUGAGGGUACUGCCCUGUGAGAUUUCUAAGCGUUUUUUAAUACACCGACACACACGCCAUAAUUGCUUGAACAGUCACUUGUUUGCUAUUAGUAUAUUGUUUUCACUGUUGCCAUAGUGAAGCUUGUGUUUGGUGCUGUUGCUCCGUGGAUUUAUGGGAAGUAACUUAAACUCAAAUGUGUGGCUUUGAUAUGAAAAACAUAUUUUACAUGGUCCACAGUUGAUUGGUUAAUUGGUAAAAACGUGUCUUUGAAGCAGUACUACUGACAAUAUUUAACAGUAGACCAAGUGACAUGUUUACUGUUCUUCUCAGGUCAUUGUAUUUGAAGUCAUUUUAAGACAGCUGAUUUUGAGUGAAGUGUCAUACAGUAACUGUCAUUCCUUUGUAAUGAAUGGAAUUGAACAUAUGUAGAUCAUUUCUGUUCUACUCUAGUUAGGGUCCCAUCACCCUCUGUAGAGAGCUAAUGAUGUCGACUCACAACCGUUUGAGCGUAUCCUGUCUUAGCCAUACCUUAUAUUUUGUAUACAUGUAUGUAUUCCCUACAAUAUUGACCAAAUUCAGUUUGCUGGUUUUGAGCUGAGCUAAGCUAAGAGUUGUCAAACUCCAAGUGAGUGAGUUGAGUUGCGUGGAAUGGCGUGCACCAUUGAAAACGCUUUCUGUGGAGGUGUGGGAGAUGUUUCAAAUGCCAAACUGCAUUUGUUGCCAUGGUAAAUUGUGUACUUUCUUUAUUUUAGUAGUACUUUCUUUAAAUUAGUGACAAGGAAGAUUUUUUUUUUUGAUCAGUCUUGUCGAUUCAAGAAAGAAAAGCUAAGCGUAUUGGAUUGUUACAAUUACACUGUUAUCAAAUUGUAUGUUACUGAUAUCCGAGUAGAUUAUUGACCUAUUAUUGUAAUCUGUUUAGUAAAUUGUAUUUCACUUGGCUGGCUAUCUUUAGGUGGUUAUUAUAGACCACUGUUGAAUUCCGCUGAAUUUCAUUAAACAGCCUCUCAAGUUCAAAUCCAGACAAAUAUUGAUUGUUGCUCGUUGACUUGUUAUUUGCUGAAAGAGGGCUGCAAUUUAGAAAAUGAGCUUACAUUUCAUAUUGCUGACACAAAAUGAUUGCAUGCACAAAGCGGAUGGUUACAGAUUGGUGGUAACAUCAGCUGUAUUACUGUGAACUGUAUUGGAAAUAUUGAGUAAAAUGCAAUGUUACCGCUA